AUGUCGAAUUUUUCUUUCUCCGAUUGGAGUCAUUUUCUAGAUCAAUGGGGAGCGAGUUCUAGUUCCAGUUCUUCCAAUGCCAACCACAUGCCCGAAAAAUUCACCCCCACUGCUACUUCUGUGGAGAAGUUGAUCAAGGAUAUUGAGAACCCACUGACUCGAGAACAUGCUCUAUUUCUUCUAUCAAGGAAUCGAGGAAUACGUGCAGAUUUAGCACCAUUGUUAUGGAACUCUAGUGGUACCAUAUAUUUACUCUUACAGGAAAUAACAUCGGCAUACCGUAUCCUAUCAUCCCCUGAACUUGUAGCAAGAGCAUCUAACAAUGUAUGCAAUGCACUUGCUCUAAUUCAGUGUGUCGCUUCUAACCCAGAUACGAGGAUGAAUCUCAUUCAAGCUAACAUACCAUGUUACUUAUACCCAUUCCUCGGAGUCAAGAACAAAGAAAAACCUUAUGAAUAUUUGAGGCUUACCAGCUUGGGUGUUAUUGGUGCCCUUGUGAAGGUUGAUAAUGCAGAAAUUGUUCACUUUCUUCUCCAAUCAGAGAUAGUUCCUUUAUGCCUACGUUGUAUGGAAGUGGGCAAUGAACUAUCAAAAACAGUUGCUACUUUUAUAAUUCAGAAAAUUCUGGUGCAAGAUGAGGGGUUGAGGUACUUUUGCUCCUUUGCAGAACGCUUUUUCGCAUUAGCCCGUGUUAUGGGAACCAUGGUUGACAACCUUGUCGAAGAACCUUCACAAAGGCUACUAAAACACAUAAUUCAUUGUUAUGUUAGGUUGUCUGACUGUCCAAGAGCUUGUGAUGGGUUUAAAAUUUGUCUUCCUAUAAGGUUGAGGGAUGCUGCUAUCCUUAACCUUGUUCGAGAUGACCCAAUUGCACUUGAGUGGCUAAGACAAUUGUUUUUCAAUAUUGCAACUGGAAAUCGUGUUUCAUCAUCAGCCAUUGGAGAAACACUUGGGAGCUUGCUUGCAAGCUAG